AGGCCCUCCUGUCUUUCAGGGGAGCUCAUGGAUCUGAUCCGGACAGAGGGCCAGAGGAUGACAGCAGCCCAGCCAUCUGAGACAACUGUGGGCAACAUGGUGCGGCGAGUGCUGAAGGUCAUUCGGGAAGAGUAUGGCAGGCUUCAUGGGCGCAGCGAGGAGAGCGACCAGCAAGAAUCCCUGCACAAACUCCUGACUUCUGGAGGACUGAGCGAGGAUUUCAGCACUCCUUAUCCUCCCCUCAGAGCAAACGUUAUUGAAGCUAUUAACGAGCUGCUAAUAGAGUUAGAGGGCACCACUGAUAACAUUGCCAUGCAGGCGCUGGAGCACAUCCACUCCAAUGAGGUGAUCAUGACCAUUGGCUACUCGCGCACCGUUGAGGCCUUCCUGAAGGAAGCUGCCCGCAAGCGGAAGUUCCAGGUCAUCGUGGCGGAGUGUGCACCGUUCUGCCAGGGUCAUGAAAUGGCUGUCCGACUAUCUAAAGAGAACAUUGAAACUACUGUCAUGAGUGAUGCAGCUAUUUUUGCUGUCAUGUCUCGAGUCAACAAGGUCAUCAUUGGUACCAAGACAAUCCUGGCCAAUGGCGCCCUGAUUGCUGUGAGUGGGACUCACACUCUGGCACUGGCAGCUAAACACCACUCCACCCCGCUCAUUGUCUGUGCCCCCAUGUUCAAGCUUUCACCGCAGUUCCCCAAUGAGGAAGAUUCAUUCCACAAGUUUGUGUCACCACAGGAAGUGCUGCCAUUCACAGAAGGGGAGAUCCUGGCAAAGAUCAACGUUCAUUGCCCAGUGUUUGACUACGUCCCUCCAGAGCUCAUUACUCUCUUCAUUUCCAACAUCGGGGGUAACGCGCCUUCCUACAUCUACCGCCUCAUGAGUGAGCUUUACCACCCAGAUGACUAUGAACUCUAAUGCCAUGAAGCACGUCACUCUGGACUUUUCCUGUCUUUCUCUUUAAAAAGAUAUGACAGCUAAUUAAAGUGUGUGUUGGAAAGAUGGGUUGCUGUGGGGAAUCGGUGGGGGAUUUGUUCAGCAAUGUCCUUCCUACCCAAAAGCAGGAGAUGGCAGAGCUCUUUUAGACCUUCUCAUCCCUUUGCUGGAAGCCACAUGGAGCUGCUAAGCCACUGCAGUGCUAGGGCCUGCCUGAAUAAUAGGCCCUGAAACAAAGUUGACCUCUAAAUGAACCUCACAACCAAACAUUAUCCAUUAUUAAUAUCUGCUAAUUAGCAAAAUCUGUAUUACCAUUAGUGUUUAUUAAUUAGUAUCUGGUCGUUAACAAAAUAUCUAUGCUCACUAGUGAAAGAUGUAGCUUAGGCAAAAUGUAGUCAGUAGUGAGGAUGAAAUGUCAUGAGAAUGUGUAUCCACCUUCCCUUGUUUAACCUUGUUGAAGGCUGAGAACCCAAGUGUUUGGCCUUGAUAGAAACUCCCUUGGUUCUCCCCCCGAGCCCUGGCCAGGCUUUGGGUGGAAUCCAACAGGAGGAUGAAACCAGAUGUUUCUGCUCAAAGAAAGGUGCAAGUCAUUCUGACGUGCUGAUUUUUGGUAUAUAAGGCUGGACUCUCUUGCUGCUGACUUUGGAAGCCUCACCUACAGGUGGACACAUCACGUAGGACUUCCCACUUGCCGGGACAGGCUCUCCAAAUCCUCGCUGCAACCGGGGCUCCCCAGCGACUGCGGGUCUGGGUGUUGGUAACGUGUGCAGGUGGUGAGGGAUCUUUCUUAAUCACUAUUCUCCCCAUCGUGUAGUAAUGGUUAGGUGCAUUACCUUGCUUGUUCUUAUUUUCUAUAAUUAAGUGUACUAUUCUGUAUUUUUCUUAUUGCUUAUUUUCUGUAUCACUUGGUUACAUCCUUUAAUUAUUAACGGUAAAAUAAGCCUACCCUUUUCA